UAUUCCCUCUAUAUUGCAAUAAUUAAUGCAUGUUUUUUAUGAUUUUUUCUUGUAAUUUAUCUUUCGUCUUCGUGCAUAUUUAUAUAAGGGCAGGUAUUCAGAUGAUAGCAAACAAGUUAGGUGACCUUAGAAGAAGUUAAAGCACCCAACAACUGAUGAAGGAUCGAUGGAUCAUUCUUUCUUCAACCACCCAAAUCUAGAAUUCUCGCCAUCAUCUCCCUCCAGCUCUCUAGAUCUAUUGCAGGAUGACCUUCUUUUCAACCCUCAUGAUGAUUAUUUCUAUCUAUUCAACUCAAAUGACUCUGGAGAGACACUUCCAUCUGAUGUUCCUUUCACCGAAGCCAUAGAAUCUGCUACUAGUUUUACCUCCGAUGUUCCACCAAAUAACAAAACCAACGACUUGUCGGAACUUAUUUCCUCGAAUGAGAUCGAGGAAAAGGAAGCCGCUCCGAAUGCUAAAGAAGAAAAUCCCGGAAGGGAAAAGACCUAUAGAGGGGUCCGAAAGCGGCCGUGGGGAAAAUACGCGGCGGAAAUAAGAGAUUCCACAAGAAAUGGAGUGCGAGUUUGGCUAGGCACAUUUGAUACCGGUGAAACAGCUGCUUUAGCUUAUGACCAAGCUGCAUUAUCCUUGCAUGGCUCUAAGGCUGUCCUCAAUUUUCCGAUUGAGAAAGUGAGAAAAUCAUUAAGAGAAAUGAAAAGUGGUUUAGAAGAUCAGUACUGGUGCUCCCCAGCCGAGGCACUGAAGAAGACUCACUCCAAAAGAAGGGCAGGGAGUAGGAAAGGGAAGGGGAAAGGGAACGGGCUAGCAACCAAAGAAGUGGUGGUGUUCGAGGAUCUAGGAGCUGAUUAUUUGGAAGAACUUUUAAGCUCUUGUGAGAGAGGUACCCCUCAAUGAAUCAGCAUCUCCGCCAGGAUCUCACUACUGCUGUCUUUUAAUUUCCAAUUUUAUUCUGUAUAUUUUUCCUUUUUUGUGUGUGAUUUUUUGUUUCACUAGGAAAAAAAAAAGAAAAAAAAC